UCGGCAAACGUCGAUCGCUGAUCCCAGAGAGGAGACGCAACUCCAGCCUGCCACACGCGCCUCGAUCGCCAUUCGUUGUCGGAUCGGAUCGUAUCGAUGGCACAAUAGCGGAGAAAUUGAGCCGCUUUGUUUGCGCACCUGACAAAAGGGUCCUUAGAGCCACAGAGACCUCCUAUAGAUCACCUGUUGACACACGUACACAGAGGCGGCCGGCCCUUCUAGACUCUGCAGAGAUGAGGCCCUCAUCGUCCCCGGCUGAGUGGUAGUAGUCACGUCUCGGAUCGAUGGUGAGCCAUUCAUCACGAUUGGCGGCCUCUAAUGCACUAAAAAUAAAAAUAAGAAUUGAGUGCGAGUCCGAGUCCAAGUCCGGCCGCAGUCCAGGUAAACCCCAAGCCAGCAGCACUUUCGUCACAGAGCGCAAAUCGGCUUAGGCGAUGACGGAUCAACUGCUGAGCUCCGCGGCCACCGCUCCCGCUCCGGGGGAUGCGCCCGCCGUGCUAGUGCCGUUGCCAGCCUCUACAGGUGGACCCUAUCUCAGCGGUGGCUCCGAGGGUGAGGCAGAGUCAUCGGAGCAGCCGGUGCUGCUCGAGCUGGGCGCUCCGCAAGCAGCAGUCAGUCUCAACUACACCCUGACCUCCGAUGGAAGCGGUAUGCUGGCCUAUGCGCCUGCCCAUCCGCACAAUUAUUCGCCGUCGGUGAUGGUCGGUGGCUACGAUAAGGAGCCACCACACAACAUGGGUCUGCUCCCACCCACCUAUAGUGUGAUUCCCCAGCCCGUGUCGAUGUGGCACGCCGCCGGGCCUGUGCCUUCUGCCUCUCCCGUGGGCCUGGUGGAGUGCAGCAAGCCCAGUGAACUGGUGCCGCCCCCCAUGUACAUGAGUUACGGUGGAGGAGGCGGAGGUGGAAGUAGUCUGGCUAGUAGCUCGGAGGUGGAAAUAUCAAAGGAGCACAAUCCGGCCUGGCGGGAGAAAGCCUUGCAGAUGGAGAAGGACUACAGACGCACCGCGUGCGAUCGGGAGAGGACCAGGAUGCGGGAUAUGAAUCGAGCAUUCGAUUUGCUGCGCUCCAAGCUGCCCAUUUCUAAACCAAAUGGAAAGAAGUACUCAAAAAUCGAGAGCCUAAGAAUCGCCAUCAACUAUAUUAAUCAUCUGCAGGCCAUGCUGAGGGAGAGUUCCGUGGGCCAGAAUGGCAAUGGCGCCGGCUGCUGUGCCUGGAGCGGAGGAAGCAGCUCACCAUAUGACCACGGCAAUGAUCAUUGGGGGGCGUAGCUUAAAAAUAAUAUUACAGAUAUGUUAUGAUAUGAUAUAUUAGAUUGAAUUUCCGUUCCAAUUCAGGAUAGAAUGUUACCCAGUGAUAGCGUCACCAACUAAACAAAAGUUAAUUUAUUAACGAAUUCCAGUUUUUGGUUAUGAAAAAGUUAUUAACAUCUAGAAAUUAUUAUUAGAUUUCAUUGAAUAUUUUAUUUAAAAAGAAGUUAAACAAGCAAUUUCGAGCUUACACUUGGAAAAUAACCUUAAAUUUGCAGUAGAAUGUGCCAAAAAUUGCAGUUGUUCAAAAACUUUGUUGAUUAAAUUCCAUUUAUUUUUGAAAUUAUUCACAAAUCUGUGACUCUCAGACUAAGGAUUAGAAUUAAGAAUAUAAAUAGUUCCUCAAAAUUAAAACCAAAUUGAAUAUCUGUUAAAAUAAAAGGGUUUUUAUAAAUGUGUAUGGAAAUAAGAUUCGCAUUUGGUAGUACUGUAAGUCAAAGCAAAAAAAAAUACUACAUCAAUAUAAAUAUUUACUUA